AUGGAAGAUCUAGUUUCACCACCAUAUCGCAAAGCGACAAGUGGUCUAUCAGUCCCAUUAUCCGAACAUCUUCUGCGGCUUUCUCUAGAACAUUUCACAAAGCAACUAGAAUUCGAGGACAUCAAGGAUUUGGAUGCAGAAAUUCAGCGGUUCCAAAAUGUCCUUGGCCUCGGUAAUGAUGAUCCUGCACGAGCCGUGGAUUUCUACAAUCUCGGUCGCAGUUACGCCAAUCGAUUUGCACUGUCGGAUGAUAUGUCUGACCUCGAAAAAAGCAUCGAGAACCACCAAGCGGCAUUAAAUAUCACACCGCUAGAAGCUUCAUCACGAAUGCUCAAUUUGUCUGAUCUGGUCGUGGCUGCCCACCUGAGGGCUGUGAUAUCACGCGAUGCCACCUUUGUGGACGAUUCGGUCCAACUACUUGAGGACCUCUUAGCACAAAAAGGCUCCCAGGAUCAUCUACCAUUUCAUCUGCGAGGAAUCUUAGCCGACUUAUACAAAAUGAGAUGGGACCACCAAUCGGAAGAAAGCAUUGAUGAUCUGAGUAAUUCGAUACAUAAUUUUGAACAAUUGUUUGAUCUGAUACCAAGCAAUGAUCCUCGCCGUCGGGAACUUCUUGUCAGCUUGGGAAGAAUGUAUCUUAGACGUUUCGAGGAUGUUGACAAUCUAGAUGAUUUAGAUAUGUCGUUAAAGCUGCUCCAGGAGGCGGAAAAGAUUUCUGCUAAAGAGGAUACGAGUGAUCUGGAGAGAGCCAAUACCCUCCAGGACCUAGGGAAAGCCUUCGAGAGGAGAUUCUACCGAUUGGGAGAAUUGGGAGAUGUCGAGUCUUCUAUCAGUUUCUACGAAGCGGCUCUAAACGUUAUUCCAGAAAGCUCAUCGCCCGUCGAGCGGUAUUAUCUACUAGUAGCGCUUGCGUCCGGCUACGCAGAUAGGCACCAAGUACUUGAGUCAAUAGCAGAUCUUGACAUCUCGAUCCGAGUGGUCAAAAAAGCCCUUGAGCUUGUACCGCAUCACGAUGUCCUCCAAUCUCUAGGAAAUACAAGUUUGGGAAAUAAAUAUGCCACAAAGUAUCACCGAACUCGUGAACUGGCAGAUAUUAACCAGUCUGUAUCGAGAUAUCGGAAAGCCUUGGAAUUGAAUCCAAAUGACGAAAGCGCCGUCAUUAGGGUAUCAAGAAUGUUGGCAAUUUCAUUGAUGAGGACAUACGAAAUAACAGGACGCAACGAUACCUUUGAAGAAUCUAUUCAAAGUGUCAAAAAUGCGCUAUCUCUCAGUAAAGAUCGGGGCAGAAAACUCCGGGCUGGGCUCUUCCGGACUCUAGCAACUUCAUACAUGGCCAGGUACGGAAAGACCGAAACAUGGGAAGAUCUCGAAGCAGCGAUCAGUUACGGUCGGAGUUCCGUGGAUCUUCUCCCCAGAGGCCACCCAGAGCUACCAGACUCUUUGUUCUCCCUAGGCUCGAUUUACAUCACCAAGGCAGACAGAACGGAAUCAGAGGCUGACUAUGAAAUUGCAAUACAAACGGAGCAGAAAGCUGUGGAUUUGACUCUGGACGAUAACCAACAUAAAUCUUCUCGGUUGGACAGCCUCGGUUACCAGUACAAUCGGCGUUUCCUGAGACUGCGGGUGGCAUCGGAUCUGAAGGCUGCAAUCGAAAUGCAUGAAAAAGCAUUCAAGCAUCCCAAUGCUCCCACGCGGGACCGAAUAGUAGCUGGAAGGACUUACGCUACCUUCCUUAUGGAUGCCAACUUUAUCAUGAAAGUUUACAACGGUGGCAAUGCUGCCCCCAGUGCUCGAACCAAAGAUAAACAGACUUAUGGCAACUCGUUGACAAAAAUUCACGAUGCUAGCACUGCCUACGAAAUUGCAACCGAAACGCUCUCUCUAUUGUCUCAAUUAACUCCAUGGUCUUUAGAGGUCUCGGAUAAGCAAGAGCUACUAAAGCAGAUUUCCGAGUUGCCAGCUCUCAUGGGAGCAGUCUCAUUAACUGCAAACAAGGGUCCAUCUGAAGCAAUUCAAUAUCUCGAACUUGCCAGAGGUGUCAUUAUCGGCUCUCUGAGUAAUCUUCGCGUUGAUGUUCUCGACCUCAAGACAUCACAUCCGAAACUAUCAGAAGACUUUAUUCAACUUCGUGAUCAAUUGGAUACUGGCCCUAUUCAGCUCAGUGGAUUUACAAACCCGCGUCAUGAGGCUGGUCAGAGGCUGGAAUCUACAAUUAGGAGUAUCCAGAGCCUGCCCGGUUUUAGCAGUUUCUUACUGCCCUCGGGCGAGGAUGAGUUGAUAUUGGCUGCAGCGUGUGGACCGAUAGUGAUUAUCAAUCUAUAUUACACUCGAUCGGAUGCCCUGAUCAUUCAAAAUAGAGCGAUAUGGUCAGUGGAGCUACCUGACUUAGACUACUUUGAUGUCGAGGAGUUUUCAACGAGGCCUGAAAUCGACCGUGACACACUGGAAUGGCUAUGGGAUGUUGCCGCUGGCCCAAUACUCGAGUCGCUGGGCUAUCUUGGAGCGCCUGCUGGCUCUUGCUGGCCUCGUGUUUUCUGGAUUCCUACUGGCUCCCUGUCAUUCUUCCCCAUCCAUGCAGCAGGAUACCACUAUCCAGGCUCAACAAAAACCGUGAUGGACCGUGUGAUCUCAAGUUACAGCUCCUCGGUGAGGGCUCUUAUCAAUAGCCGGCGUGCCAGUAGGGCAUCCGCGGCGCAGCAACCUAGGAAGGCUGUUCUAGUCGGGGUGCAGGAGCUCCAUCACGCGCCAGCGGAGAUCCAGAAACUUGAGAAACUGUGCGCCGAAAUGCACCUGGAGAUAGAACGACCAAAGCCCUACCGGGACCAAGUCCUUGCCUCGCUGGCUGAGUGCGAAGUCUUCCACUUUGCGGGCCACGGGAACACACACCCCCUCGACCCGUCUAGAAACUCUUUAGUCAUGAACGACGCACCGCUCACAGUCCAGGAUCUCUUCAACAUCAAACUCCAAGAGAGAGCCCCAUUUCUCGCCUACCUCUCGGCAUGCAGCACGGGUCGGAUUGAGGAUGAAGAGCUCCUAAACGAGGGGCUUCACUUGAUCGGCGCGUGCCAGCUAGCUGGCUUCAGGAAUGUCAUAGGGACUUUGCGAAAAGUGAAUGAUGGGAUCUGUGUUACGGUAGCGGAGAUGACCUACAGAUGGAUCAAAGAAUGCAACUCGACCGACCAGUCUGUUGCCGAGGGGCUCCACCGUGCCACUAGAAUUCUUCGUGAUCAGUGGAUGACCGAUGACGGGACUGAUGAAUCAACACGCAGUGAUGCGGAAGUGAAAGGAAAUGUAAAGGACAAGAAGAGUCGAGUGAUUAGAUCAAGAGGCAGGACCCAAAGACUGAGGCGGGGAAGAGACGCGUUGAGAUGCGAUGAAGAACCAUUAUACUGGGCCCCAUUUGUUUACUUUGGCAGUUGA